AUGGACACACCUGAAGGAGCAAGAGGGGACCUCGCUGCGGCCUUCUUUGAUGAGGCAAUCUCGAGUCUGACGUCGCCAUUGACUACGCCCGAGCUCUUCAAAUACUCGGAGCUUUUGACUGGAUCGCUGCGCAAGAAUAUGGAGGAUGCGACAUCUUUGUCCAUGUUGCCAUCUUUCAUCCAUGGCUUGCCGACUGGACAAGAAACGGGUCGAGCCAUCGCCAUCGAUAUUGGCGGCUCGACGAUGCGCUUCGCACUCGUCGAGUUGUACGGGCAGAGGGAGGAGGCCAGCCCGAGUUCGUCAACCCCAGGAGCCAGUCCUGACGACAAACAAUAUCAUCUGCCUCCAUCUCAGAGAUUGGGUAUCAUCACGCAACGGCGAUGGGAGAUCACUCAACGAGUCAAGGAGUUGGAUGGGGAGCUCUUCUUCGACUGGAUCACGCUGAACGUGAAAGAAGCAAUGCUCGAAGCCGGUCUCGACUGCCAGCAAGGGUUUAGGGUCGGUUUGGGGUGGUCAUUUCCGUUGGAGCAGACCAGUCUCAACGACGGCAGGCUGAGGGAGAUGGGCAAGGGUUUCAAGAUCGGGGUGCAGUUGAAGGGUCGCCGGUUGAAAGAAUGCCUGGAUUCGGCCUUUGCGAGAAGGCAUUUAUCGCUCGAACUUGAUGCCAUCAUUAAUGACAGCAUCGGCCCAUUGCUGGCUUUGGCAUACACAAAGCCGCGGACUGGUGUGGGCUUGGUCGUAGGAACCGGAUUCAACGCCUCGAUCAAACUUCCUGCACGGUCACUCACGGCGGAAAAAUACGGCCAGCGACCAAGCCGAUGGAGAAAUUUGGCCGAGCAUGUGCUCGUCGACACGGAGCUUUGUGUUACAGGUCGCAACAUUUUCCACCAGACGGUGUGGGACGAUCAGAUCACUGCCCUCUUCCCACGACCGGACUCUUUGGCUCUAGAGCAGUGGGUCGGAGGGUUCUUCAUGGCCGAGAUUGUUCGACGGAUUCUACUCCAGGCCGCCCAAGCCAACCUUUUGUUCGGAGGAAACACACCGGAGAAGUUGCGGCAGGCGCGCAUGAUCGGACUGGAGGUGUUUGGCGAUAUCGAGGCGUAG